AUGAUAAUGUCAUACAUUAAGACUCCCAGCUGUUUAAUUAUUGCUGUGACACCAGCAAAUUCAGAACUUGCCAACUCACACGCCCUUCAGAUUGCUGGAAAUGCUGAUCCAGAUGGUUACCGAACAAUUGGUGUGAUAACAAAGUUGGACAUCAUGGAUAGAGGUACAGAUGCCCGUAACGUUUUGCUUGGAAAAGUUAUUCCCCUAAGACUUGGUUAUGUGGGUGUUGUAAAUCGUAGUCAAGAGGAGAAGUUCUUUUGCAGUCGUCCGGUUUAUAAUGAGCUUGCUAAUCGUUAUGGUGUGCCUCAACUAGCAAAGAAGCUGAACCAGGUAUUAUUUUGGUGCAACAUAUCAAAACAGUGCUACCAGGGUUGA